CUCUUGCUUUGUACUUGUGCUCUCGCGACGAGGUCGCACCCUUCAACAAAGUAUAAAGGCAGCACAGGGACUCGCAGCGCACGCACGCAAUCGUAGCCCACAUCGCAAUUGCUCUCUCAGCUCCUAGAAGCCGCCUGGUGCUCCUCAGACCUUAUACACAUCACCCUUCCUCGCACACCCGCCCAGUAACCGACCCCAUGUCCACCGCGACUCCGAUGCCCGAACAAGGCCGCGCCGGCCUCUCCCUCCCCUCGCCCAUCAACAUGGACUGGACCUUCCCCGACCGCGACGUCCCCCUGCCCGUCUACCUCCUCGUCCAAGCGCCCUCUUCGCCUACCUCCUCCUCGCUAGCCGGGGUAGGGCCCGCCCAGACGUGGCGCGACCUGCACUGGUCGCUCUCCUGGCAGCCCGCGGAGGGCGCGUGGCGGCACGUCCAGGUGGACAUGUACGACGUCAAGACGGACCCCGCGCCGCAGCCGCGGUACGUGUUCUGGGGCGCGCGCACGACGACGGCGGACGCCGCGGCGGAGGGGAGCGCGGCGCGGCUCGAGCUGGGGACGCUGGCGAGGGAUGAGAGGAGGCGGGUCGAGCAGAUGGCGUGGGAGGUGCCGGUGAUGUACCCGAAUGGGGAGUGGAAUUGUCAGAAUUGGGUGCGCGGGCUGUUUGAAAGGAUGGUCGAGGCGGGGUUGGUAAAGCAGGAGAGGGUGGACGAGGUCGUGAAGGUCGCUGAGACUGUGCAUGGAGAUCUCCCAGUACCGUAAGACCGUCGUUUGGUGCAUUCGACAGAAUGAUAGGAAGGAUAUUACUCCUCGGCUAACAUGGACACGAGAUAGAUAGCAGCGUAACAUCAUGAUCCAUUGUACCAUAUUACCUUGCUUUCGCCGUUUACGACUCCUUCACGGCCC